AUGAAUCGAAAAGCAUAUUCCGUUUUGUUCUCGUGCCUAUUAGCAACUACAUUUUUUCAUGAGUACAAUGCCAGAGGCUUGAUUCCACCAGUACCUGCAUGGGUGAAGGGUAACGGACCCGUGUACUUGGAGCGCAUUCGUGAAAAAAGGAAUACGAACGAUUCACCAUUGACUUUAUCAAGCCCCGCCGAAAAUUUGUUGGUCGUCCUAAAUGCAACAGCUGCCGUCGCUUUGGUCAUCGAUAUCAAUGUCAACUUGUUUGUCUUACUCGAUGGAAAUUCUGGAUCUGGGGUUUGUGUAAACAAGGACGGUAGCAAAGGCGCUCAUAUACCGGGUGGAUUAUGGAAUUCCGCGGAUGGAACUUUAGAUGAUUUUUUGAUAUCCAUUGGAGCUGAUUUGAGUGGACUGUUAACUAUCGCUGGGAGUAUCACAUUUACCCUGGAAACAGUAACCAUAGAAGUUUUAGAAGUAGUGACCAGUCUAGUUAUUUGUUUGGUAGAUAUUUUAGAUGUAGAACUUCUGGCAGAUGUAACUCUAGCUUUGGUACUUGUCAUAUCAAUUGUUGCGGCCGUUUUGGACCUUCUUGCUGGUCCCCUUGAAGGAUUACUCGUUCUUGUUGUGGGAGUAAUAGAAUUAGCAGUGGACAUAUGUGGUCUGUUGAAUAUUCUACAAGGAUUAGCGAGUGUUUUAGUCCUUGUAGCUGGUACUCUGCUAAAAGCUUUAGCUGCAGGUGUAUUGUUAGAGCUGGGAGUAAUUAUUGGUGCUGUAGAUGGUUUAGUGUGCCUUGUUAAUCUAAUCCUUCAACUUGGUGCACAUCUUAACUUAUCUCCUUUAGCUGGACUUCUUGGAAAUGCUCAAAGUCUUUGUCUGUUGAUCGGUCAACUCGGUGGAAAUGUUUCUGUUGGACUUAGUGGGUUAUUCUUGGUAAUUGGAAAUCUUCUUGCCUUAAUAGCGGGCUCAAUCCAAAUCGACGUAUUUAUCUUGGUUCUCAUACAAUUCGUAGCAUUAGGAAGUCAAAAUGGUUCAUCAAACCUUCUAGGAGAAUUGCAUGCAGAACUCACAUUGCUUCUUAAUGCUUGUGGCAAAGUUAAUGCAACAGGUGUUCUUGGUGGCCUUGUGACUAUUGUAGAAGCACUUUUGAAUGGAACUUUGGCCAUUGGUGGAAUUGUAAUUUCAGUAGUUAUUGAAGUUUUACUUAAGGGUAUUGUGGGUCCCGUAAGUGGUCUUCUUGGCGUAGUAGUGGAAGUUUUAAUUUUGAUAACUAGUGUAGUUAGUACUGCUUUAUGUAUACCUCAACUAUUAUUGAUUCUCAUUUGCUUACUCGACAGUCCUCUUGGUAUUCAGCUUUUGUUGUACUUGGGCAUAAAUCUGGGCCGUGGUCCAUGUAUUUGCAAGUUACUCUCAGAAGUUUUAUCGAAUCUGGGUGGUGUAAUUGGUCUACUACUAGGUGGUAAUUUAUUUGGCGUCUUGGUUGGCUUACCCGUUAUUGGUAAUAUUGUAAAUGCACUGGAUGUAGCUGUUAGGGUUAGAGGAAAGAUUAGUUUAAAGAUUUUGCUGAAUGCAUCCAACGUGGUCACGAUUCUUAUCAGAGGACUACUGCAACUGGUAACUGGUAUUUAUAUUGGUGUGAGAGCUGCAGUUGUUACACAAGCUAAACAACUAAAGGAGAGAUGCACUUCCGCCGCUGUAUUUGUCCAUGUUGCUUUAAUUGUAUCUAUCAGCGUCUAGUGAAAAAAAAUGCAUUUUUGUUUAUGUAGACUCACUAGACGUAUACUUAUAUUAUUUUACUUAUAUUCUACAAAGAGGUAUUUUUUGAAAGUUUGAUAGUUGUUUGAAAAAAAUAAAAACAUUGGAUUAUUUACAAUAUUUCUUCUUUUUUUUACAAUACAUCAAAACUCCUUAGUCCAAUCCAGCAGAAUCCGAAAUCAAUCUAUAGGAUGUAGUCUAACAAGAAACUGUUAGGAAACAGUACCAGAAGUACCAAGACAUACCUGAA